AUGCUACUGUUAGGCGAUUUUUUUCCUAAUUUCACCGCUAAUACGACCGCCGGCCAGAUAGAUUUUCAUAAAUAUCUUGGAGACUCAUGGGGUAUCCUUUUCUCUCACCCAUCAGACUUCACUCCAGUAUGUACUACGGAACUGGCUCGCGUUUUAACUCUCAUGCCAGAGUUCAAGAAACGCAAUACCAAAGUGAUUGGAUUGUCUUGUGACAGUAUCCAGUCUCAUGAAGAUUGGUGCAAAGACAUUCAAGCAUAUGCUGGAUGCAAUGAAGAUGAGAAGUUUCCGUAUCCUAUUAUCGAGGAUAAAAACAGAGAGAUCGCAAAAAUGCUCUGCAUGGUGGAUAAGGAUGAACUAGAUACUGCGGGAAUGCCACUCACUGCACGUGCUGCCUUCAUUAUCGACCCUCUCAAAAAGUUCCGGCUUUCGUUCCUUUAUCCAGCGACUACUGGCCGAAAUUUUGAUGAGAUCCUGCGUGUCCUGGAUUCCUUGCAGCUGACGGACAUCGCUAAAGUUGCUACACCUGUGGACUGGAAGAUGGGUGAGGACUGCAUGGUGUUGCCUACUGUCCCAGAAGAUCAGAUAGCAAAAGUGUUCCCUCAAGGUGUGACUGUAGUGCCUGUGCCAUCUGGCAAGGGUUAUCUGAGGAAGACAAAGUGCCCCAAGCAUUAA